AUGGAUUAUUAAGAAUUAUAUGAAUUGCGCAAAAAGCUUGCGGAUUGGAAAAAGAAUCCUAAAGAAACUAUUAAUAUCUUAAAAUAAUUAGAGUAAUCUCCACUCAAUUAAGAGGCUGUAAAUAAAUCAAAAAUAUACAAAACUCUACACACUCUGACUAUAAUUGACGAUAAAAGUGAUAUUUUAGCUGCAACAAUUAAAUCAAAAGCUUCGAUAGUUCAAGACAAACUUAAAAAACUGUCUCAAAAUAAACCAAAUUAAAAUGAAAUAAUUGAAAAAAGAAGAGAGAAAAGUGAGGAAAUUAAAGUGGAAAAACAUAAUAGUGUAUAGAGUAUUUAAAGUAGUAAAUCUUUGCCUGCCUAUGAUUUAUUUGAAAAUUUCAAAACCCCUCAUCCAUCUUAUGUUGAUCGUGUCAAAUACUUAAAUGCAAUUAGUAAUUUGUUUAUUCUUAAUAUCUAAAAAUUUAAAAAUCAAAAUGAUUUAAAUGCUUCUGAUAGAUAAACAAUUAAAGAAUGUGUAGAAAAAAUGGAAAACACAAUUUAUUAUAAGAGAUAACAAGACUAUACUCCUAGAAAGGCUUAUGAGUAGGAUCUAAAAAUUUUAGCGGGGUUUUUAAAGAAGGAUAAAAAUGGUUCAUUGACUUAUAGUAUUUUCACGAAGUAAUUUGACCCGAUAAAUGCUGCUUAAUUAAGAGCUGCUGAUUGGGUUGAUGAUGAAACCAAAUAAGAGUAGAGUAGAAUUAUUAGAGAAAAGAUGGAGGCUGAACAGAUAGGAUUUUACAAAGACUUAAGCAAAAGAGAAAUGGAAGGUGUAGAAGGGAAAACGUGUAAAGGAUGUGGUUAAAAAAAGGUGUAUUUAGUUGAUGAGAAACAAACAAGAGCAUCCGAUGAACCAACAACUAAGUUUUUUGAAUGCUAUAAUUGUGGAGAUAAAUUUAGAAUAUGUUGA